GAGAUUCUGCCGCAAGUGUGGAGCCAGACGCGAGACGCACGGCGUGCUUGCAGCUGGCGCUCUUCGUGCACAGGCGCAGGCAAUGCCAGUGGGACCUUGCGUUGAACCUUGUGCCAGUCCUCCGGUCCAGGAGGUGCAGAUAGAGGAACAGAUCGUGGAGGUUCCGACGGUCCUUUAUCAAGAGAAAGUUGUGGAGGUGCCCAAGAUCCAGGAGACUAUUCUUCUGAAGCAGGUUCCGCGUGUUGAGGUGCAAGAAGUUACAAAAGAGGUGGUAAGACCGAUAUAUGAGGUGACCGAGAAGAUUGUAGAGGUUCCCCACAUAUUGGUUCAGGAGCGAAUUGAGGAGGUUCCGAAGGUGGAGUACGUGAACUUGGUGAAGCAGGUCCCGAAAACACAGGUGCGUGAGGUGCCCAAGCAGGUUGGCGUGCCCGUCUUCCAAUGCCAUGAGCGUGUGGUUGAGGUUCCCACUGCCAUGGUUGCUGAGCAGUUGGUGGAGGUGCCGCAGGUCCACGUGGAGGAGCUCGUGAAGGAAGUACCGCGACCUGAGGUGCAAGUUGUGGCGAAACCUGUGGAGAAGCCAGUCAAUGAGUACGUGGAGCGGAUAGUGGAGGUCCCGCAUACGACGAUUCAGGAAUGCAUAAUUGAGGUGCCUAAAGUGGAAGUGCAUGAGCUCGUCAAGCAGGUACCUCGACAUGAAGUUCAAGUUGUGGACAAACAGGUCGAAAAGCUGGAAAUCCAGUACGUUGAAAAAAUCGUGGAAGUUCCGCAAAUAAUUUACGAGGAGAAGAUUGUGGAAGUGCCAACGGUGGAAGUGCGCGAAGUGAUCAAGCAGGUUUCAAAGCCUGAGGUGAAGUACAUCGAGAAGCGGGUCCCCAAGAAGGUUGUCAAGUAUGUGGAGAAAGUGGUCGAAGUUCCACAGGUGAUCUACGAGGAGCGUGCUAUAGAAGUUCCUGAAGUCAUCAACGUGGAAGCCGUGACACAGGUGCCUCGACCCCACAUCCAAUACGUGAAGAAAGAGGUGCCGAAGGUUGUAUUACAGCCGCAGGAGAAGAUUGUUGAGGUUCCUCUGACCUUGACGCAGGAGCGUCCUGUCGAAGUGCCCCAGGUUCAAAUUGCAGAGCUGAUGAUUCAAGUGCCCAAGCCAGAGGUGGAAAUGGUCGACAAGGAGGUGCCGAAGGUGAUCCUGCAAGCCGAGGAGAGAAUCGUGGAAGUGCCGCAGGUCUUUUAUGAAGAGCGAUUGCGGCAUGUGCCUCAAGUGCAAGUGGCUCAAGCUGUGAAGGAGGUGCCCAGCUAUCAGAAGCAAGUGGUACAGAAGCAAGUUCCAAAGAUUGUGGAAACCAAAGUCGUGGAGAAGGUUGUACCUGUACCUGUGAGCCUGGUUCGCGAGACGGCUGUGGAGGUCCCAAAGGUGGUGCAGCAUGAGGUGAUUCGCCAGAAAGCAUCCGGCUCCAUGCAGCAAAGAAUAAUCCAGACAGGCUGGCAGUAUCAACGCUCCGCAACAAAAGAGGAAGUUGUCGCGGGCAUAGCUGAAGCUGAGCAUGGAGGUAUCUAUGAGGCCCCUGUCGCCUCUGUUCGCCAAAUCGCUCUUCCGAGUAAUGAGGUGGAAGUGUCCGCUGUGAUUACCGAGCACUCGGUCUCGAAUGAAGCGCCGGUAGUAACCACUGUGAAUCUCACACCAGCCAUGUUUCAGCAGGAACCGGUUGGCGCAGCAACGGGGCCGCCUCGUGUUGGCCAGGUGGCGCCUCUCGCAGCGCCUCUCGGGGCGCCUCUCGGGGCGGUGGCGAGUCAGGCUGUUGGAACACGCGUGGCGUCAGGAUACCUUCAGUUUCCAGGUGCAUGGCAGGAGGUGCGGCUAUUGGACCAGGACCGCGGCGCAUGCGGCGCAGCACGGCUUGGCACCAUCGGCACUGCGUUGCCAAUGACAGUCCUGGGCUCCCGUGAUGUGUCUGGUGCAACUCUGCAAACGCAGAUCCAGACAGUGCAGACACAGGACUUAUCUGGGGUCAGCACGGGGCGAACUUCACGUUCUCACGAGGCUAUCUCUUGCGCCAAUUGCGGCAAUGUCUACAUGUCAGACUCCAACUUCUGCCGGAAAUGUGGCAUGCCAAGACCUGGUCAUACCGACUUCCAGGCAUUGGCUGAACUGAUGAGCGAGAUUUGCUUAAGCGUGUAUGUGGAUGACUCAGCCUUUGCCAUUCUCGCCAUCGGCUCGGGCUCAUUUUUUUUGGUUUUGAAUGUGCUCGUCAAGGUAGAGCCUGCCACCAAAGAUGAGGUGGAAACUUUCAUCACGGCGAACAGCCAGCCAGGGACCAAAGACGAGUCAUCAACGGCGGCACGCUGGUUCGCGCCUGAACUUUUCUUGACUACGGGCCGGCCACGCAGUUGGCUUCAAGCCAUCGAGGUGAGCUGCCGUGAUGCGGUGGGAGUUAUGCGAUCACGUGUUCGGACCAUGCGUCUAGCCGGGGCUCGCAAGAACAGAAACUUGACUUGCGCUUGGGAUGCUUUGGUCAUCUUUGGCCGCGCAGACGAGGCUAUGCUUGGCAAACUCGGAAACGGUGGCCAAUGCGACCUCGGUUGCCCCAGCAAGGGGCCUGCCAGCAAAGAGGAGGUUGAGGCCCUUUCGCCCUCAGCUGCCAGAUCUCGUGUCAUCAGUUUGCCCUCUGCCACGAAGGCCUUCAUCGCAGCAAAUCGCAGAUGGAUGACACCAGAGUCGGAAGAGAUCCUGAAGCUGAUGAAUCCGCAUGAUCAGAAGCGGGUCAUCUCUGCGGGGACGUUGUCUGGCUGUCGCGACCCCGUUGCCGUUCUUCAAACGAGGGCCAAACGGGCGCGAGAAAUGGAGAUAGAAUUCGAGCUGAUUGCCAGUGGCAAGAAGGUGGAGCCACCGAAGCCGGCGGCGGAAACGAUGCCAAUGCCGGUCUUCUCCGCGGAGGCGGCGCACGCCUUCAUCCAUGCAGCCCCACAGGAAGUUCGGUCAGAAAAUUCUCGCUUUGCACCGCCACCGGAAACGGAACUGGACAGCUUCGUAACAGAGGAGCUUGAAGGGCCGCUGACCGGAGAGGUCAAAGGUAUUGGCGGGGUGAUCGAGAUGCUGCGUGCCAAGUAUGGCUGCUCAAAAGGGCAGCGGUUGCGCGUCAUUGGUGAGACACCCGCCUUGCUGCAGUUCGAGGGCGGCAAGACGGCGCCCAAGAAUCAUGAAGGCAUGGGAUGGAAAUGGAUCAUCGGGGCAAGCGACGCUGCCUCGACACAGAAAGAUGAAGUGGCCCGACAAGCCGAAAUUGCAGCUGCCUUCAAGGCGCGAGAAGAGCGAUUGGCCCAGGAAGCGAUCCUGAAAGCCAAAGAGAAAGAAAAGAGGGCAGCGGAAAAGGCCGAAAAAAACAAAGCAACUGAAAAGGCGACACAGCCUGAAGCGGACGUGGAAGCCGCGGUACAUGUAGCGCAGUUGGUUGUUCUCAAGGACUCCAAAGCAGAGGACGAGAAUGCGGCAACCGAGGACAAAUCCAAGAAGAAGGACAAUGAUAAGGAAAAGGAGCAUCAGAAGACAGAUGAGGAGAAGGGUGCAGUCAAGGAAAAGGAGCAUGAGCCCAAGAAGGAAGACAAAGAGAAGGACAAGGAUAAGAACAAGGAAAAGAAAGUAGCCAAAGCUGAGACCAAGUCAAAGGAGAAGGAGAAGGAGAAGUUGAAAGAGGUGAAAGCGGCAGAUAAGCAGAAGGAGAAAAGAGACAAAGAGACAAGCAAAGGCAAAGAGUCAAACAAAGACUCUGAGACAAAUCAGAAAGACAAGAGCUCCAAAGCAAAGGACAAGAGCAAGCUGAAAGGCAGAUCGCGGUCAAAAUCAAGGCGGAGAUCAAAGGCAUCAAAGGGCAAGAAGAAAGAUAAGUCUCGAUCCCGGUCCAAAGAGCGAAAGCGUGAAAAGCAAAAGGAGAGGUCGAGGUCGAAGGAUAAGGACAAGAAAGCAAAGCAAAAGGAAAAGGAGCGUAGCAAGGUCGAGGAGAAGGCGAAAAGAAAGCGCAGCAGCAGCAGCUCCAGUUCUACGUCGCGCCAGCGAAGAAAGGAGAAGGCUCGGCAAAAAGAGAAGGACAAGAGGCUCAAGAAGACAUCAUCAGAUGAUAGCUCUCGAAGCAAAAGGAAAGCCAAGGACAAGAAAAGAAAGCGGCAAAGCUCCUCUUGA